AUGAAAAUAAAACUUAACCUCUGCAGCUCAAUUGUUUCAGUUAUCUUUACAUUUGCAUUAUUUUCAACUAUUGUACAAGGUGCAGUCUUUUCAAAUUUAGGCUCUUGCUAAAGAUGUCUAUACCCAGGUAAUGCAAAUAUUAAUGCAAGAUGGUGCAUUAAUACUUCAACUAAAUCUGGGGUCUGUCAAGAUACAGCUUGUGCUUCAGGAAAUACAGUCAUUUCAAAUCUGUUUAAAUGCCAAGCAGACUUGAUCGAGCUCACGAUAAAUGACACCACUAUUACAUAUCCAUCUCUCAGAGUAAAGACAACAAAUACUAAUGAAAAUUUUUAAAUCUAUAAAUUCAGCAAUCAACUCUAGUAUGAAGGUAAUGAUGGAACAUACUGGUACAAUGAUAAUUACGCUAACUUAACUUACUAUGCUACAUCUUUGGACCCUUCAGUUAUUACAAGCCUUUCCUAAUUAACAGCAGAAUGUUAAGGUGCAAACUGUAAAUAGCCUGUUUCUAAGAACUAGAUAAUGUAUUUUUAUGUGUUCAACCCAACAGAGUAUUAGCAGACAUAUAUACUAUCAUAUAUAAACGCAAAAAACCUAAAACUUAGCAUAUUCGCCUUUAUUGGCCUGCUCUCAGUUCUAUGCCUUAGCUAUUGA